AUGGAGUAUGGUGUGCAGUACGUAUAUCCAAUGCGCGGCCCUUAUAUCAACUUGCCGAGAACAAUAGGGCAGCAGCUAUCCCAGGGAGACUUAGCAGGGGAAACCAUAGGUAUUGAAAUACGGUCCGGAGGCCGGGACCGGUUUCUUAGUGGGCAGCAACUUCAGCGGAAGAAGCAGUGGGCGGAGAGCGGAGAGCGGAAGACCGUUUGUAAGGGCGGAGAAACGGCGGAGAAGGACGAUGUUCAGAGCGACUGCGCUUAUCUCACAACCAACCUUUGGCCAACUCCAAGGUGCUCUAAUGCACGGCCCGAUAAAUGCACCCCGGCCCAGCCGUUAUCGUUAGAGCGAUCUGUGAGGUUCGCAAAGCUCUCCAUGCUUGUUACGCCGCGUCUUUAUCGGCUGGCGCAGAUACCAGAUAACGGCUUGCGGGCUCCUUUCUCCUACCACCCAUCUUUCAGUACACUGACUGGCUGGGACGUUGAGCCAGCGGAAUACGAACGAGCAGCGGAGAUGCUGCUAGUGCAUCAGGUUGGCAGUGUCCGUGUUGGGGAAGUGGUCCGGUUUACGCUCACGUAUACCCCUUCUGCAGAUCGCAUCCUCCCCACACCUACGGAGCUCUUCGUCAAGGUUAGAAAUACCUCUGCGAUACCGCUGCGCGCCGCGUAUUUGCACGGCCCUUACACUCUAUAUACUUCCUGCUACCCUGCAUCUUUUGACCCAAACCGGAAAUACGAGGAUCAUGAAACCCGCGGGCUCCCGCAAUUCGAACCAAACCUGAAAGCGGGCGGGGCUUUCGACUCAGUGAUCCCAGUGCCAGAGGACGUCCAGUCGUCGACCUCCGCAGCAGAUCAACAGAGCAUUACUUGGAUAAUCGAAAUCGCAUCGCAGGUGAUAUUUUCAACUACAGCGGCUGUAAACUUCGAGGUCCUCGUUGGGAGAGACCUGAAGUCCUUGGAACUUGGAAUUGGAAACUCAACGAGCUUGCCUGUUCCGGGUCAUGUUCGCGAGCUUGCCAGACGCAACUCAAAGAGCAAACAUAAAAAUCCCCCAGGCCCCAUGAAAGGGGUAUACUCCACGGCAGUCAAACUAGUUAUUGAUGAUACAGCAAGCCUAUGGAGUACACCGCGAUUCCCAUCCUGGAGUGAGAAGGAGGACCUUCGAAACUUGGAAAUGGAACAGACGGAGAUUGCUACGGAAUCUCAGAAAGUUUCCGAUGCAAACUCGGCUGGGGAAGCAGAAAACCGAAAAAAACGGAGAAAAGUUCAUUUCGUCGUCCUAACGCAUGGACUACAUAGUAACAUAGGGGCCGAUAUGUUAUAUCUUAAGGAGAGUAUAGAUGCUGCUUCAAGGAAAGCUCGGGAAGAUGCGCGGAACGAGCGAAAGAAGGCAAAGAAUUCACAGCCUUCACAGCCAGCUGUAUCUACCCAGGAUGCUUCCGAUACACCCUCGGUAGAUAGACAACAUACUGCUUCAGAAGAAGAUGACGACGAUGACGAGCAUGUUAUUGUACGCGGAUUCCCCGGAAAUGUAGUUCGCACCGAAAGGGGUAUUCAGUAUCUGGGGAAAAGGCUAGCGAAAUAUGUCCUUCUCAUGACUUAUCCGGAUCAGCCAUAUCUUCCUCUCAAAGAAUCCCGCAGCAAAUUUCGGGCAUUUGCUGGCAACAAAGAUUCCACAGGCUCGAGUGGCCGUGCAUCUCAUUCUGGAAGUACAAUAUAUCGGCACGAGCCGAAGAAAAACGAUUACGGUUACCAGAUAACGAGUAUCAGUUUUAUAGGACACUCUCUUGGCGGCCUCGUCCAAACGUAUGCCAUUGCUUAUAUACAAAAACAUUCUCCUGAAUUUUUUGACUGCAUCAAGCCUAUCAAUUUCGUUGCUCUUGCAUCCCCAUUUCUUGGUCUCAGCAAUGAAAACCCGAUCUACGUUCGUUUCGCUUUAGAUUUUGGACUCGUUGGUCGCACCGGUCAAGACCUUGGUCUGUCAUGGACUGCCCCGACAAAAAUGCGAAGUGGAUGGGGUGCGAUGAUAGGAGGAUUGGGAAAUGAUUCUCCUACCGCUACCCAUCAUGCGGAUCCCAAAUCAAAACCACUUCUCAGGAUUCUUCCGAGCGGCCCUGCUCACCAAGUUCUCAAGAAAUUUCGAAAUCGUACCGUAUACUCCAAUGUUGUAAAUGACGGAAUUGUCCCAUUACGAACCUCUUGCCUCCUUUUCCUAGAUUGGAGAGGCCUAGAUCGAGUUGAGAAGGCUAGACGAGAAAGCGGCUGGGUCGGAACCAUGGCCGAGUGGGGUUGGGCCGAGAUUACGGGAGCUAACGUUAAUACAAAUUCAAUUCGCUCAACUAAACGCCCUACAAACUCUGAACCUACAAAUUCUGCCAAUGACGACAACGAGGACGAUAAGGUUAAAAAUGGAAAGUUGAUCCCUUCAACUAAGAGAGAGGAAGGCGAAAUCCCAGAGCCACCGGCUGAGAGCCCAGAGGGACCAAGUGGAAGUUUCGAAACCAGUCCAGAACUUCCCAAACAGUCCCAGUUUUUGACUGUUGCUCGUAACACUGAACCACCGGGUGAUACGCAACCCGUUAAAUUGGCUCCACGCUCUUAUCCGAAUCCAUUCGCCGGUUUCCUUUCCUUGUUCAGACCACAGGGAAAAGGCCACAAUCAAAGCAAAAGCUCAAAAAUCUAUAGGCGGAGCCAGACAGUCGGUAACAAUGAGUUGGCCGAAACCCCAUGGACGGACGGUCGCUCCCGCUCUCCACGCGCCGAACCAGCCAGAGGCGAUUCUUUUCAUCCGGAGGAUGGCCACCACGCCCCGCCAAAGACAACAAUUCUAGAAGCGGCGGGCGAUGUCCUCAAACCGCCUCUACCUUCAACAGAGUACAUCCUGGACCCUUCAACCCGUGCCAGGACUAUCUUCCAUGAUCGCGUAUACCACCCAUCGGAUAUACCCCCGCCGCCCCCAAAAAAGAAUCGCAGCUUUUUUCCAACUUCUAGCACCAGUAGCCUUCCUUCACCUACCGAGACGGCGAAAAGUAUAGAUAACCAGUCUAAUAGCUCACUAAUCCAAACGACUUCCGAUUCGGUCCUUGGUACAACCAGUGGCAUGAAAGUCGAGGAGAAAAUCGCUCGCGCCUAUCAUCGCGACUUAUCCUGGCGCAAAGUUCUUGUACGCCUUGAGCCCGACGCACACAACAACAUUAUAGUGCGUCGUAUGUUUGCAAACGCGUAUGGCUGGCCCGUCGUCAAACACCUCGUCGACACUCACUUUGCAAACACAACCGCGGCAAAGACGGCAGACGAGUUUGAGAGCGGUGCUGAGCGUGCUAUGCCUACAAGCCGCAGCCCCUCUGAAUCCGGCAAAGAGGUCAUUGGCCAAGUUGAUCCGCCGGGCAAAUCAUCAACGCUAACUAUCCAGCAACCAAAGCCCGAGAACCAACACCCACCUGAGUCAUCAGAGACCAUGGACGCACUGCGGGCCCUGUUGUCCCCAGCUACCCCAAACCGCAUAUUACCAGAUGCCAAGACGGACAUCACUAAUUCUAUCGACCCACACCAGCCGCCCAUGUCUGUCAGCCGAAUGUCCUCUUCUCAAUCAAAGACUUCCCAUGCAGACUCCUCUCGAUGGACAGAUCGGUAUUUCGACGACGAGGACGGUGAGGGUUAUGACUCGCAGGACGAAGCGCAUUUUGCUGGAAGUGGUAUUCGUGCGUUGUCAGCAGCUGACAGCUAG